UACUACUACUACUAAGACUAAGGUGGACGGUCAAACGCAAUUGCACCGUAGUUGCUAUUAAAAAUUUUUGAAAUACGAUUAAGUUAAAAUGAAUCAGGCCGAAAUAAGGAAACUUAUUCCUGCCUUAAGGAUUACGAUACAAAACAAUAGGAGAAGACUGUCAAAUCCACUGGGCCCAGAAGGCAGAUUAAUUAAAUUAAGAAAAACUGUAACGAGUCUGGUUAAAAACGAGAGGAUAGAACUCAAUUACAAUCGUGCUGAUGAAGCCAGAGGCUAUGCUGAAAGGCUCAUUAGUGAUGCUAUUAAAUAUGGUGACCGACACAGACCUACAAUGGAAAUGGCAAGUUAUUGGUUGGAAGAGAAACAGCUUGUACACAAGUUAUUCAAGGUGUUAGUACCCAGGUUUAAAGAUUCCCAGACUGCAUAUACAAAAAUGCAUAAAGCACCUAAAGAGUAUCCUGGCUACCACUUUGACCGAGUUGUGUUAGAACUGAGAGGUAAUCCAUUUCCUCCACUUGAGAAUAAACCAGUUUCCACUCGUAAUUGGAUUAAUAAUGUUCUUCUUGAAGAAGCUCGAAGAGAAUUCAACAUAAACAAAGCACAGAUGGGCUUAGGACAUGCUAGUAGAGAAGAGGAAGUAGAUUAAGGCAGGACUAGACCAUUAAUUCUUUUAUGGAAAAUUUUGAUUUUUGGUAAAGAUUGUAAAGAAACAUGACUAUCUGUCAUUUUAGAAUUGUAUAUAAAGGCAUUUAUUGUUACCAAAUUUAGGUAGUGUAUGGUAUUUAUUAUUAUGCUUUAUUCCUCCUUGUUUAAAUCCUAUAUGCAGACAAUUUCUUGUAAUUAGUAAAUGCAAGAAACUUAGUUUAUACUUUUAUGUUACUAAAUAAAGCAUUAUGUCUA